AUGAUGCUGGCUCGAGGGAGCAAGUACCCCAACGAGGUCAGCUACGUCUACAAACCCUCCUGUGUCGCUGUGCAAUGCUGUGGAGGCUGCUGUGGAGAUGAGGGACAAUGCUGUGUCCCCAUGGAGACAAAGAUGGUCACCAUGGAGGCCUAUAUAGAUCAGCUGAAGUCAGGAAGAACGGUCAACCCUGACAGAGCUGUUGGAGGGGAGCUGAGCCAGGGGAAAUCCCCCGCCAUGCAGCAGGACAGUGCCAAAGGGAUGCUCCCUUUGGGCAUCCUGGUCCGGCUCUGGACCCUUCACUCCCCUCCGAGCUCAGGUGCCAUCUGGUCACUGUAG